CUCUGCACCUAGACGCACCUAUUUCCGAUAGGCAGGCCGGCGCUGCGAACCCACGACAGAUCUCCCUAUUGUCGCCAUCUCUCUCACGGUCCUCUUCCCCUCCGGCGACUCCAGCGCGCGGCACGGCCGGCAAGGCGGCAAGCAAGAUGGAUUGGCAGGGGCAGAAGAGCGCGGAGAUGCUGAUGCAGGUGCUGCUGGUGGCGUCGGCGGUGGCGGCGUUCCUGGUCGGGUACGCGAUGGCCGACUUCCAGCUGAUGCUGCUCGUCUACGCCGGCGGGGUUGUCCUCACGGCGCUCGUCACCGUCCCCAACUGGCCGUUCUUCAACCGGCACCCGCUCAAGUGGCUCGACGCCGCCGAGGCUGAUCGCCACCCCCGCCCGCAGAUCAGCAGCGCACCAGCGACGACCGGGGGUAAGAAGAAGACCGGGAAGAACAAGUAGUCAUGUUACUUAUUGGUCCAUGUGUCGCAGACAUGUUUUAUGAUAUAUCAGUUGCAGAACUUCUGAGUAUGACAUGCUAGAUGUUGUGUUACCUGAAUGUUUUAUAUGACAAAAAAUUAGCUUC